GCAAGACAACAAAAGCCCCACACCACAAAAGCCCGGCUGAGAUCGGCUGUGCCGGAGUCUCCCGGUGAACACCCUGCGAAGGGAACGCUCCUCCUCAUCCUCACGGGAGCAUCGGCGGGCAGCGGGCGGCUCCCGGCCCCGAGCACCCCGGAGCCCUCGGCAGAGCUCACAGGCUCAUCUGUGUUUGACCUUGAGUUGUGGAGAAGCUGCAUCAGCCACAGGGGCUCCCAUGGCUCAGCUGCCCAAUGACUCCUGGCACAACGACUCAGCCCUGAUCUUCACGGGCCUGGACCUGCUCCUGGAGCUGAAGCCGCUCUUCAUCCCGCUCUACGCCACGCUGGUGGUGGUGGCGUGCAUCGGGAACCUCUUCCUCAUCCUCCUCAUCGCCCUCACCAAGAAGCUGCACUGCACCACCAACUUCCUGAUCGGGAACCUGGCCGUGGCCGACUUCAUCAUGUGCCUGGCCUGCGUCCCCCUCACCGUGUCCUACGCCUUCGAGGAGCGGGGCUGGCUCUUCGGCAUGUUCAUGUGCCACUUUGUCACCCUGCUGCAGGCCGCCACCGUCUUCGUGUCGGUGCUGUCCCUCACGGCCAUCGCCAUCGACCGCUACGUGGUGGUGGCGUACCCCAUCCGCAGGCGGAUCGGCCGCAGGGCCUGCGCCGGCCUCGUGGCCUGCAUUUGGCUGCUCUCCAUCGCGGCCUCCGUGCCCACCUCGCUGCACACCCACUACCUGGACCUCAACGCCAUCGGCCACGACAUGAUCAUCUGCGAGGAGUUCUGGAAGCACGAGGAGAGGCAGCGGCUGCUGUACUCGUGCCUGAUGCUGCUGCUCUCCUACAUGCUCCCGCUGCUGGCCGUGUCCGUCUCCUUCUGUGCCAUCACCUACCACCUGCGCAGGAGGAACGUGCCGGGCGCCGCCUUUCACUGCCGGGACAAGUGGACCAGGACCAAGCACAAGACCUUCCGCGUGCUCACCAUCUCCGUGGUCUGCUUUGCCGUCUGCUGGCUGCCCCUGCAGGUGGUCAACUUCAUCCGGGACAUUGACGAGGAGUUCACCAUCCUGGACAAGAGGUACGUCAACGUCAUCCAGGUCUCGUGCCACCUGAUCGCCAUGAGCUCUGCCUGCUACAACCCCUUCAUCUAUGCCUCCCUCCACGACAAGUUCUGGUCCCACCUCAGCGGCUACUUCUACCGCAAGAAGCAGAGCUCCAGGAGCACGUCCUGCAAGGCUUCCCGCUUCAACACCUGCUCCACCCUGGCAGAUGCUCCCACCGGGGCCUCGGACAAGAUAGCUUUGCAGUCCAGGUUACCUUGAGGGAUUGGGUUGGCACAGCCCCUCAUCCCAAACCACAGCUAGGCCAUAUCCCUGUAUCCCAAAUCCUGGCUGGGUGUAGUAGGUGUCCAGUGCGACAUUUGGAGCACAGAGACUUCCCCCCAUGGUUUAUGCAGGAGGUGGGUCAGUGUCUGAGCAAGGCAAAAACCCAUUGGGUAAAAAACUCUUUGGAGAGAGCACAUUUUCAUUUUAGUAGGAUAUAGAUUGUUCCUAAGCAACAGGCAGUGCUUUGUGCCACGGGAAGAGGUCGACUUGCACAGGGAGGCAUGAAAUUGCUGUGCAUUUAUCCUUUAAAAUUGUGGCUUACUGGUGAGGGGACAAUGUAGGACAAUGUGCAUUCUGCAGGUGCAGAUGGGGACACGUGGCUGCUGACAGCAGAUGGCUGUUUGGAACGAGUGUGACUUUCAUAACCUGCUUGGCCUGCUGGAGGAGCUGCCCCUGUAAUCAGACAGGGCAUCCCAGUUUCUCCAGCCAAAGGUGCAGCAGGGCACAUCCAUGAAGUCAUCACUGCUUUUCAUGGCCAAGUAGGACUCAAAAGAUCUCAUGUGAUGAGUUUGCUGGGAAUAGUGUCCUAAAUUCUGCUCCCAGGGAAGUUUAGCUUGGUGUUUGUCCAUGUUCAGGGCCCUGCAGUGGAGGUGGGAAUCCCAGUGCCAGGCUGUUCUACCCCAGAAUGAAGGUGGGGUUUGUUUGUCAGUGCUCCUCGGUGUCUGAAGUGCCUCUCUGGCCUCUCAGGCUCCUCUGUGCAAGCAGCACAUGUAGAAGGCAGCAUCUCCUUACCACCAAUUCCCAUCUAGGUUUUAACCUCUUGAUUUCCCAGGAGAAACCCUUGGGAACAGCCCACAGGCACCAGCAGCUCCCAGCUGCCCUGCUCUGUGGGGCCAAGCCAUGACCUCCCACUUCUCCUCGUGCCCAAGGACAGGACUUCAAAGCCCCCAGCAACAGAUCCUCAGCCCUGCACAGAACCUGCCCAUGGCACUGGCCAGCAUCCCUGGGGAGCACGCAGUGCAGACACAGCUGGCUGGACCCCAACAGGAUCCCUUACACCCACCCACCCACCAGCUCACUCACCUUCCUGCUGAGGCCCUCAUGGUGGCCCUAGAAGGGCUCUGAUCUUCUGUUGGGUGACCAGCAGAGACAGGGACCCAUCCAACGUUAUGCCAGGAACCCUGUCGUGCUCCCUCAGAGCAGCUCCCUCCUCAGCUUCCUGCAGCUCCCCUGGGCCUGGGCUGCUCAUCCCAGAGGAGCCAAGAAAGGCAGAAGGUCUCUGUUUGUCCUUCCUGUAAUCAAGGCCUCAAGAGCUUGGGCUGUGUAUGUCUGUGUUGGUGUGAAUCCCACAAGACCCAGAAACCCCUGACUGCAGCUCAGCCCCCUCCCAGGAAGAUGCCAGCUUGGAUGUGCUCUGUCCCAGUCCUGGGCAGUGGCAGAUCCUUGGGGGUAAAGCUGGGAUUAGUGCUGGACCAGGUUGCUCCAAGCCCCAAACAGACUGGCCUUGGACACUUCCAGGGAUGGAGGAGUCACAGCUUCCCUGGGCAACCUGUACCAGGGCCUCACCAUCCUUGGAGCCAAGGAUUUCUUCCCAGGAUCCCAUUUAACCCUGCCCUCUGGCUGACUGAAGCCAUUUCCCCUUGUCCUGUCACUGCUGCUGUUGAUUCCUUCUCUCUCCAUUUCAUCCCAUUGCAAUCUCUAUUACUUCACUCUUAAUUAAAAGCCCUAAGUUUCCCUAAAUUACUCUUCUUAGCCUUUUUCUUCCUUUCAACUCCACCACCCACUCAUUCCCAUCACUGUAUUUAUCUACAGGACCAUUUAAAAUCCAUACAUCCAUCCCGGAGAACUGAUCCACAAAGAGAAUGAGGUUUCCUCUUCCAUGUUUGCAGACUAGUCUAGAAUUUGCAGUUAUUGAGCACUAGGAAAGAAAACCCCCACCCUCAGGUCCCCCUGUUUAGAUGUUUUGCUGAUUACCCAAAUUACCUGCAGGAAAAAGGAAAACACUGUUUCGGGAGAGUGAGCUAAAAGCUGAGUGACUUCUGAGAAUAAACACAGAAAUCCUGGAGCUGUGGUCUGUGAUUCACAGAAACUGGGUAUAUAAAGGAGAACAUGGUUGGUUUUCUUAAUGAAAGUAAAUUAAUCAGAUAAAUGAGAGAGAAAAACAUGUUUGAAGGCUGAUUCUGCAGAGCUUUCCUCAGGAAGCUGCUCAAAGCUUUUCUCCCAGGAACCAGGGGGUAUAAAGGGAAUAUUUUUGUUAAAUCAUCCUCAAUUAUUGAGAGCUUUGCACAAUAUUCUCCCUGAGGCUGCUUCUUCCUCACAAACUCUCUUGUUCAUUGAAAUAUGGUUUAUAACAGUUGGACUCUAGGAUCUUAAAGAUCUUUUCCUAUCUAAAAAAUUCCAUUCCGUGACCUUCUUCUCUACCAGGAUUUGGUGCCUGUAGCUCUCCCAUCUGCCAGGACACUGCCCAGGAAGGGAAAUAUUGUUCACCCUGUUCAGGUGUUUACAGCUUUAAGGGGCAGAUAACAUAAUUUGGGCAGAUAAUGUAAUUUAUUCCAGUGAUGUUCUCUCAAAAGCACUCAAGAGAUGAUUAUUCAAAGAGCUUACCUACAAGCAAGGUAUUAUUCCCAUUAUUUGGUCCCCAUCCGGGUUUCUCCCAUGGCUGCAGAUGAUGAGGCCCUUUGUCCUGCACUGCAGAAUGAAUUGAGAUGAGGAUCAGCUCUAAAUGCACACAAAAGAUCAACACUGUUUUCAUGUGUACUCCUAGAAAUUUCCUCCUCUGUCUCCAAAUCAGGCAUAGCAAACAAAAUUAGCCUGGUAAUUUUCCAUUGACUUUUAGUCCCCCUCUUGCUGUGUUUGUUCUGUCUGGAUGUCACCAGUGAUGACAAAAAUCCAGAAGAGAGAAGCUCUUCCACUGAGCCAGGAUCAUUGGGCAAAUUUUAUUUGUGGAUCUGGAAAAAGCUUAGAAAUUGCUGGUUCAUUUACUAUUAUUAUUAUUGUUGUUAUAACUGUUAUUAUUGUUAUUAUUGUUGUUAUUGUUGUUAUUAUUAUUGUUAUCAUUAUUCCCUGGUUUAUUGUGAAUAACAUUCUGACUCAAGCCACUGCUUCUCAUUGUCUUGACAUGGCUUGCAAAAUAUCUUUUGCAUUUCUCUGAUCAGAUUCCAUGGGCUGUACAAGCCGUGGCCAACUCUCUUCCCAGCUCUUGGCUCUGGUUAAAGAGGCAGGUUUGUGACACGUACAUGAGUAAAUCAGGCUUAUUUUCACUUCUUUUGGCUAAAAGUACAGUUGAUACAGCUCAGGCUCACAGCAAUGACCGGGAAUGGGUCCUGGUUUG